CUUUUCACAGCCCACAUGGUUUCUCCCUCCCAGAAGCCUUCAGUUAGUAACAACAUGGCGGCGCCCGGUAGGCACGUAGGGCAUUAUAUCCAAAGAAACAGUCGGAUUUUGCUUAAUAAUUUCGAACAGCUAUGGAGUCACAGGAAUUUUGGUUGGACUUCAGCUCUGCGACAACAAGCCGCAGAAGCUAAUAAAGAACCUACAGAUACUAUCGUCAUCCCCAGGAAGAAAACAUGGAGCAAAGAGGCGGUGCUGGAGGCUCUGUCUUCCACUGUUGGCAGGGAUCCUACAGCAUAUCCCCACAACUUCCAGGAUGAUCCUUUCCUCUCGCCCAGGACAGUUAAUGAGUUUAAGUUGUGCUCUCUCUCUAAGGAGUCUGGCAAAUCUGCAGCCAAAUUCUUUAUCAACAAUAAUCCCAAGUAUUUCACCACAGACUUCGCUGAACCACAUAUACCGUGUCUGAUGCCAGAGACGGUGUCACUGCUCCUGGAGGAUGUGAGUGAGGAGGCGCUGAAGGAACGAGUCAGCCUGAGGAAAGUUACAGCUGCUGUUGAAAUGUACGACCAACUCCUGCAGUCUGGCACAGCGGUCUCUAUGGAAACUACCUAUGACCUGUUGGACCUGAUCUGUCUGUACUGUGACAAAGACCCUGUGGAGGAGGGGGGGGCGCAGUCAGAGGACAUGGAGGAGCCUGGGGAGGAGGUGAGGCAGGGCCUGGGGAAGCAGGGUCUGGGGAAGCAGGGCCUGGGGAGGCAGGGCCUGGGGAGGCCGCGCCGGGCCUCAGACAUCAUGAAGUCCAGCUGGAAGGAGAACAACAACGCAGAGCGGAUCUUCAACCUGCUGCCAGAGAGAGACACACGCUGCUACUCGGCUCUGAUCAGAGGCAUGGUCAAGCACGGAGCCCACGCAAAGGCCUUCAGCAUUUACACAGACCUGCUCAACAACAGACUGACCGCUGACGUCCACAUCUUCAACGCUCUGCUGACCGCAGCUCCAGACGUCAGAGACAAAUACCACGAGAGAUGGGGCCUCUUCGCUGAGCUGCUGAAUCAGAUGAGUCAGCAGAAAGUCCAGCCCAACCUCUCCACCUUCAACAGCGUCCUGAAAGCUCUGAGGCGCUGCGGCUCUCUGGCCAAAACACAAGCCAUACACACUCUGAACGAGAUGAAGGCCAUGGGGAUAGCUCCCAGCCUGGCCUCCUACGACCACAUCCUGAACGCCUUCUCCAAAGCAGCCUCCUCCUCUGGCGCGGUCAGCACAGACAUUCUACAGGAAGUGAUGUCAGAGCUGGAGGGAACAAGCUUCACCUGCCAGGACCCCGAUGAUGUUCUAUUCUUCUCCACCGCAAUGAAAAUAUGUCUGAACAAUAAGGAUCUGGAGCUGGGUUACAGGGUGUUUAACCUGGUGGAGCACGGGGAGAACUGGAGGCUGCUGGGACCUCUCCACAAGCAGAGUUUCUUCUAUGACGUGGUGCUGACGUGGUACAGAAAACUUGUUCCCUCGUUGUACUACCCGAACAUCCAGUGUCUGCAGGACCUGCUGCAGGCUCUGGACACAGACAGCCGCCUGGACCUGCUGCCCACCAUCUGGAAGGAUAUCCAUGCUCUGGGUUAUGACAAUAAGGUUGAGCUGGUGGAGGAGCUGCUCAUGCUGAUGGCCCGAGACAAGCACAGUGCUGAGGUCCAGGAGGCGUUCGCAGCGUGUGCUCUGGACAUAAAGAAUGUGACGGAGGCAGACAGGAGGAAGACGCCUAUGGAGUGGAGCACCACCUCCCUCUCCAACAUCACCUCCCUGCUGCUGCGCGCCAACAAGACCCAAGAGGCCUGGGCGACGCUGAAGCUCUUCAAAUCCAAGAACAGAGUUCCAAAAGAGCCGCUGCUGGAGGACUUCCUGUCGGUGUGCUGCAGCGAUGGUUCCUCUCAGAGAGCCGUGGAGCUGGUCCAGCUGUCUGCAGCCUUCUGUCUGUCUGAUACAGCCAAACUGGCCAAGAGAACCCUGGCUGAGUUAGAUCUGACCGAGGAGCAGAGAGCCGUUUUAUCUGAGCUGGAGUCGACAGGAGAGUCCUCAGGCUGAAGGAGACCUCUGAGCCCAUCCAUUGAUACAAACAUCUCACAAUUUCAUAGUGUGUUUCAUUAUCUGUGUGUUAAUAAACUAAUGUUUGUCACAACAUAA